CUUGUUUAGGCCCCUCGAAAACCAUUUGAUCAUGGACAUUCAAAGCCUGGAAAGAUCACUUGGCAAGUUACUGAGUACUGUAUGAUUGUUGCAAAAGCUGCUUUCUGUGAGACCGUACGGUAUAAAGAAAAUAAAAAUGUAACAAUAACCAGACAUGGUGGAAGCAAAAUUAAUCUACGACUCAAAGGCAUUCAUACUUUUAUUUUACCUUAAGAACUGAAUUGUGAUAGUUGUAAAGUUAUAACAUUGCAUUCUUCUCAUAUCCGCAUUGUUAAGAUUUCCCCCCGAAUAGAUGUGUGCCAAAAUGCCAACAAAUGUGGUGUAUAAUUUAUAUGUUAGCUGCAUUGGAGAGGAAAUUCAGCCAGAUCGAAAGUAAAACGGUGAAACCCAAUUUUAACCCAGGUAAAGUUGACUUACCCAUCCAAUUCUAAGUUGACAUAAUCCUUACAAAAAGUUUAAAACCCCUCAUUUUCUUCCUUCGUUUCUUCUUUUUCUUCUUUUCUCCUCCCGGUUCUCGCUCUUUAAUAACCGUCACCACCGCCGCCGUCGAUGGCACAAUGCAGUAACUGCGUCUCUAACAAGAGACGAUCCCCUUCUGAUUUGUAUGCUCAACAUCCCUCUUCCAAGAGGGCCGCCCUGGAGCUUCCAUCUUCCUCCGCCAGUUCCUCCGGCGAACAACUCCUCCAGAAUGGCUACACUAUAAUGCCCACCAAGAAUCUCUACGAUCAAUUCUCAGAUGGUGCUUUGCCCAAUUCUUUGAUCAACAAUCCCUUUCAAGAGCAGAAUUCUGGGGUCGAUUCUCUGCCAAUUCCGGCACAACCUUCUCAACAACCCCUUUAUCGUACGUAUUCUGAACCCAUUCCUGAAGCUUACCAGGUGGUGGCGACCGCCGCUUCUCCGAGGCCUCCGGCAGCUGGGAAAUUUACGUCUCCGCCUGGCCUUCUAAAGCAAGAAAGUCCCGGUACAAAGGUUGGUUCUUGGUUCUUGAUAAUUUGUAUGAUUGUAAAAAUUUCUGUGAUUCUCAACCCAAGGUUUCCCUUCUUUUCUUCCCAAUUAAUCUUGUUUUGUUCUUAAUCUUGCAGAGGUUCAGAAGAAUGAAGAGGAGACUCAGAGAAAUGAGCAAAUGGUGGGAUGAGGUCAUAAAGGAAGAUGAAGAGGAAGAAGACGCUGUUGUCUCUGAAAAUAAGGAUCAAUGUCCACCGAAGGAUGAUUGUGAUUGUGUAGCGAGUCAAGGGAGUGAAAGUGAAGAAGCAUGUCAUGAUGAUCAGGAAGCUGUGUGGGUGGAGAGGAAAGGGGAGGUUCUGAUUCUGCAUUUCCAGUGUCCCUGCAGCAAAGGCUAUCAGAUUCUUCUCUCUCAGAAUAGUUGCUACUACAAGCUCUCGUCUUUCUGAUCUCAGAAUGCAUGUUAUGAUCACCACUGUGUUAUUCAAGCUCAUCUAGCUAGCUGCUACCACAAGCUCUAUCUUCUCUGAGUUCUAGUACUUUAGAUAGUGGUUCCUAGAAUUAGUACUUCAUUUACUGCACAUAGUCCAUUCAAAGUAGUCUUGUUUGUGUGUUGUUUGCAUUCAGAUUGUGUUUCUUGAAGUAAAGCAGAAAUAGAUGAGGGCUGUGUAGUUAUUUUCACUCUUCAAGGGAUAUUCCUGUUGUAAAGUUGCAAUGCUACUGACCAAAUCUGUUCCUACCGACUACUAGUCAGCUGAUAAUGCAAAAAUUUCAAGGUUUUUUUUUUUUUUGGUUUUUGUCUAGCGUCUUUUACUGCAUUUGCUUUCCACCAAAAGGGAAAGUUAGAUGAGGAAAUAAAAGAAGAUGAUGGUGUAACAGCGCCUGAGGGGAAGGCGGUGGAGAAGUAGCCGACUGUGAGAUGGGUGGUGGCGAUUGGUGAAGGGAAAGGGAGGCAAUAGCUGGUGGUGGAUUUCAAGGUUGAGAAAUGCAAAAACAAAAGAAAAGCAGGGAUCCGAAACUGCAGAGGAAUGCUGAAAGAGUGAAAGAUCUUCUGCAAGUACGUGGUUCACAAAGGGAAUUCCAGAAAUGUGAAAGCUGAAUCACUGGGAAAAUCUUUUGAUUUCUGGCUAAUGAGGCAAGCUCAAGAAUUUUUUCACUUUUCUUAAUGGAUGAUUGGGCUUCUUUCCUUUUAAGGACAGACAUUCAGUUGUUUUGGUCUGAAGAAUCAGCUUAAGACGUUUGAGCAGUGACUCCAUAAUCUGCAAUUUCCUUUUCCAUCGUUUAGGAAUUAUAGUAAAAAAAAUACGCAUUUUGAUGGGAAGAUGAACAUUUCACCAAUGCCAUAUUCAUCAUUCAUUUCAGAAUCUUCCAACAUUAAUACCAAAUUCACACUAGUUCUAAUGUGUGUGUUUUGACAAAGUACUGGCUUUCUCCUCUGUGU